CCAGCCAUGGAGGGCAGCGCUGACAUGGAGGAGCCCCCGCUGCUGCCUCUGGCACUGAGCAGGUUUCACAUCUCUGAGGAGUUUGGCUUCCUGCUUCCCGAUCCUCUGACAGAGCUGCCAGCACCCUACAGCCCCUGGAUGGACAUUGCCCGUGAGCUGCCCCAGCUGAUCACCAGCCAUCAGCUCCGCUCACGCGUGCACCAGAUGCCGCAGCUGAGCCCCCAGCAGCUCCGAGGACGUGAGGAGCUGCACUUGGCACACCUGGUGCUCAGCUUCAUCACCAUGGGCUACGUCUGGCAGGAGGGCGAGGAGGGCACCGUGCAGGUACUGCCCCGAAACCUCGCUGUCCCCUUCUGGGAGGUCUCCCAGGCCCUGGGCCUCCCACCCAUCCUCAGCCAUGCAGACUUUGUGUUGGCCAACUGGAGGAGGAAGGACCCCAAUGGGCCUCUGGAAAUUGAGAACUUGGACACGAUCAUCACACUGCCUGGGGGAGAGAGCCUGCGGGGCUUCAUCCUUGUCACCCUGCUUGUUGAGAAGGCAGCUGUUCCUGGCAUCAAGGCAACCACCCAGGCCCUUGGUGCCACCCUGCAGGGGGAUGAGGAGUCCCUGCACAGAGCCCUGGAGGAGCUGGCAGGGGCCAUCGAGGCCAUGAGGGAGGCACUGAGGAGGAUGCACGACUAUGUGGAUCCAGAAAUAUUCUACUCUGUGAUCCGGAUCUUUCUCUCUGGCUGGAAGGACAACCCUGCCAUGGCCCAUGGGCUGAUCUACGAGGGGGUGUCCCCGGAGCCGCUGGCGUUCUCGGGGGGCAGCGCGGCGCAGAGCACGGUGCUGCACGCCUUCGAUGAGCUCCUGGGCAUCUGCCACCGCCAGGACUGCGCCGCCUUCCUGCGCAGGAUGAGGGAGUACAUGCCGCCACCACACCGAGCCUUCGUGGAGCAGAUCCGCAGCGCGGUGUCCCCGCGGCACCUGGUGCUCUCCUCGGGGGACUCGCGGCUCCGCGCCGCCUUCAACCGCUGCGUGUCGGCGCUGGCAGAAUUCAGGUCCUACCACAUCACCAUCGUCACCAAGUACAUCGCCGUGGCGGCCGCCAAAGCCAAGGCCAGGCGGGCAGAGCCGAGCGCCAGGGCCGGCCCCGCUGCGGGAAAGCCGCCCUCGGCUCUGGAGGAUAAAGGAACCGGCGGCUCGCACAUCUUCAGCUUCUUGAAGAGCAUCAGGGACACCACCAGGGAGGGGAUGAUAAGUGCCUGACUGUGGUGGGAUUUGUGGGUGUGAUGAGAAUCUUGACUCCAUGUUUUCAUGGUAUAUAUUAUAUUAAAAAUGCUAUACUAAAACUAUACUAAAGAAAGAGAAAGGAGACAUCAGAAGGCUAGCAAAGAAUGGUAAUAAAAUCUUGUGACAUACUCAGA